AUGGAGGAAAAGAAUAGAAAACCUGAAGGAGACAUCACAAGUUUAAAAGCUGACUCACGCAAGGAGGUGGGGGCAGAAGAAACUAAAAUGACCAUUAACCCAGGCAUAGAGACCCCUCUAUCAGACUGCUGUAUCAGACUGCUAGGACUUCGAGGCGAGACAUCUGAGAAUUCCAGCAGCAAAGAGUUCAUGGAGCUGGAGCAGGUGCCGGCCUCCAGCGCCGAGGGCUACAGCAACACUGGCUUCCAGAAUGAAGACGACUUCCGUGACAACCAGAACACAUCAGUCAACAACUCGCUAAGGAGCAGGGUUGGGCUGACAAAGAAAGAGCAAGUUAACUCCAAACAGGGCGAAGAGCAAGUCACCAUUGAGCAGGAUUCUAGAAAUAAAGAAGCCACAGAGGAUGAUCCAGAAACACAUCAAGAUGGGUAUCUGGAAAGGAAGUGUGGUCCUGUUUGUGAUUUUUUUAAGAAACACAAAACCACCCUUCAGUACAUCUUCUGGGGUAUUUUACUAGCAGGUUACCUGGCUGUGGUGAUUGCAGCUUGUGUGCUGAACUUUCACAGAGCCCUUCCUCUUUUCGUGAUCACUGUGGCUGUCAUCUUCUUCGUGGGCUGGGAUCACUUUAUGGCCAAAUAUGAACAUCAAAUCGUUGAGUUCCUGUCUCCUGGCAGAAGGCUUCUAAAUCACCAUUGGUUCUGGCUGAAGUGGGUAAUUUGGAGCUCACUGAUCCUGGGGGUUAUUUUCUGGCUGAUCUUUGAUACCGCCAAGCUGGGCCAGCAGCAGCUGGUAUCAUUUGGUGGGCUCAUCAUGUACCUCGUCCUGGUAUUUCUCUUUUCCAAACAUCCAACCAAAGUUCACUGGAGACCUGUCUUCUGGGGAAUUGGGUUACAGUUUCUUCUUGGCCUCUUAAUCCUAAGGACUGACCCGGGAUUUAUGGCUUUUGAUUGGCUAGGCAGACAAGUUCAGACAUUCUUGGAGUACACUAAUGCUGGGGCUUCAUUUGUCUUUGGUGAGAAAUACACAGACCACUUCUUUGCAUUUAAGGUGCUGCCAAUUGUGAUUUUCUUCAGCACAGUCAUGUCCAUGCUUUACUACCUGGGACUGAUGCAAUGGAUCAUCAGGAAGGUUGGAUGGCUGAUGCUUGUUACUUUGGGAUCAUCUCCUAUUGAAUCUGUAGUUGCUGCUGGCAAUAUAUUCAUUGGACAGACAGAGUCCCCACUGAUGGUCCGACCAUAUUUACCACAUAUCACCAAAUCCGAACUCCACGCCAUCAUGACAGCAGGGUUCUCUACCAUCGCUGGAAGUGUCUUAGGGGCAUACAUUUCUUUCGGGGUCUCGUCUUCCCACUUGUUAACUGCUUCAGUUAUGUCAGCACCCGCGUCACUGGCUGUUGCUAAACUCUUCUGGCCUGAGACUGAAACACCUAAAAUAACCCUCAAGAAUGCCAUGAAGAUGGAAAAUGGCGACUCAAGGAAUCUCAUAGAAGCUGCAUCCCAGGGAGCUUCCUCGUCCAUUCCUCUGGUGGCAAACAUCGCUGCAAAUCUCAUUGCCUUCCUGGCCCUGUUGUCUUUUGUGAAUUCAGCCCUGUCCUGGUUUGGGAAUAUGUUUGACUACCCACAACUGAGUUUUGAGAUAAUAUGCUCCUACAUCUUCAUGCCCUUUUCCUUCAUGAUGGGAGUGGACUGGCAAGACAGCUUUAUGGUCGCCAAACUCAUAGGUUAUAAGACAUUCUUCAAUGAAUUUGUGGCCUAUGAGCACCUCUCAAAAUUGAUCAAUUUGAGGAAAAAAGCUGGACCCAAAUUUGUGAAUGGUGUGCAGCAAUAUAUGUCGAUUCGUUCUGAGACAAUUGCCACUUACGCUCUCUGUGGCUUUGCCAAUUUUGGUUCCCUAGGAAUAGUGAUCGGCGGACUCACAUCCAUGGCUCCUUCCAGAAAGUGUGACAUCUCCUCUGGGGCAUUGAGAGCUUUGAUUGCGGGAACCAUUGCCUGUUUCAUGACAGCCUGCAUUGCAGGCAUGCUGUCAGGCACUCCUGCAGAUAUCAAUUGCCAGCAUAUUUUAGAGAAUGCCUUCAACUCCUCUUUACCUAGAAAUAUAACCAACAUGGUGUCCUGUUGUCAAAGUCUACUGAGCAGCACUGUUGUCAGGGGUCCUGGUGAGGUCAUCCCUGGAGGAAACCACAGCCUGUUCACACUGAAAGGCUGCUGCACAUUAUUGAAUCCAGCAACGCUCAACUGCAGUUGGAUCCCUACUGCAUUUUAAGCCCAGCUACUUGUCCAACAGAACCCUAAGUACAGCUGCUUUGGGGAGGAAAAAAGGCCAUUCUCCACAAAUGAUGCUUC